GUACAAUGCGACACAAGCUAACUUAAGCGAACAUUGGGCAAAAGAAGACUCCAGGUUGGUAAAGUUCACCUGUUUAUAUCCGCCAAAUGUCAUCUUUAUUGUCGCAGUUAGUUGCCAUACUGUAAUGCCAAACAUCGAAAUACAGCGGUGACUCAGUUUAAUUUCCAAGACAGCCAGUCAGUAUGGUCAACGUGCACAAAGGUGUUCUUGUUGAAUGCGACCCGGCCAUGAAACAGUUCCUCCUGUUCCUGGAUGAAACCAUGGCCCUGGGGAAGAAGUUUAUCUUAAAGGACUUGGACGACACACACGUGUUCAUCCUGUCAGAGGUGGUCCAGACCCUGCAGGAGAGAGUGGGAGAGCUCAUGGACCAGAACUCCUUUCCCGUCACACAGAAAUGAGAUUAUUUUCAAGAAUAAUCCCUUUUGUUUGGAGCUUCUAAAUGAGAAGUGUCUGCCAGUUUUAUGUUUUAAGGUACAGUAAAUUAAUACUUCUCUUUUUGCGUCAUUGAAAUGACAGGGAAAUGAAUACUCCUUUCUUUUAGAGCAAAUGUGUCAAGGCCCCAGGGCCCAGACGUGGCCCGCACAAACCUGGAUACAAUGUGCGUCAAUAAAGCACUUCAUCUUUCUCAGAA